AUGAAUAAAUUAUUAGGUAUUUUAGCUAUAAUGUCAAUUACAGCUUCAUGUGUAAAUGCAACAGCUGGUGAUGAUGUUAAUUGUGGUACUGCAAAUUCAGCUGGUGGUAUGGCUUCUGAUUGCAAUGGAUGUGGUGCUAAUUCUACAAUCUAAGGUUUAUUCUCAGCUUCUGGAGCUUCAAAUUGUAAAGUUACUGAUUGUAUGGCUGACCCAGGUUCUAAUCUCAAUGGUUGGAUGUGUAAAUCCUGUAAUAACGUCUCUGGUGCUAAUGGAGCUUAUUAUUAAGGCAUGAUAUAUUUCGAAGGUUUUUAAUGCGUCGUUUAAUGCGAUCCAGGUUCAGCUCCUGACAGUAAUAAUAUUUGCUAAGCAGUAGGAGGUGGACAAGUUAGUUGUGGUACUCCAAGCUUUCCUUUUUCUACAGACUGCAUACCAUGCGUUAAAGAUGCUUCAAAAUAAAAUCUAUUUUCACCUAAUAUUUCUCCUAAUUGUUCUGUUAAAGAUUGUACUGUUGAUCCGGGUUCUGAUCUCAAUGGUUGGAUGUGUAAAUCCUGUAAUAGUAACCUUAAAGCUCAUUCAGUUUAUUCUGCUGGUACAUUUUUCAGUGGAUCUGCUUGCGUUGCUAGUUGCCCUACAGGAUAUGUUGCUGAUUCAAACAAUAAUUGCUAAGCAACUAAUGGUGGAGAUGUUGGUUGUGGUACUGCAGGUACAGCUGGUGGUAAGGCUACUGAUUGCAAAGGAUGCGGUGCUAAUAGUACAAUCUAAGGCUUAUUCUCAGUUUCUGGAACUCCAAAUUGUAAAGUUACUGAUUGUACUGCUAAUCCAGGUUCUAAUCUCAAUGGUUGGAUGUGUAAAUCAUGCAAUGGUGCCUUUAAUGCUCAUACAGCUUAUUCCGCUGGUAAAUUACUCAGUGGAACAGCUUGCGUUGCCAGUUGCCCUACAGGAUAUGCUGCUGAUUCAAACAAUACUUGCUAAGCAACUAACGGUGGAGAUGUUGAUUGUGGUACUGCAGGUACAGCUGGCGGUAAAGCUACUGACUGCAAUGGAUGCGGUUCUAAUAGUACAAUCUAAGGCUUAUUCUCAGUUUCUGGAACUCCAAAUUGUAAAGUUACUGAUUGUACUGCUAAUCCAGGUUCUAAUCUCAAUGGUUGGAUGUGUAAAUCAUGCAAUGGUGCCUUUAAUGCUCAUACAGCUUAUUCUGCUGGUAAAUUACUCAGUGGAACAGCUUGCGUUGCCAGUUGCCCUACUGGAUAUGCUGCUGACUCAAAUAAUAUUUGCUAAGCAGACCCUAUUUCUACUACUAGCUCAUACUUGUUAACUUUGGCUUUUACUAUACUUUUGUUAUGUUUACUCAUCUGA